CGACUCCUGAGUCCUGAGGCAUGAGUUGAGUUUCCGGAAGCCACCGACGCGACGCGAUAUAGUAAUUGACGCGUCUUACCUCGACCACGAUGGUAUCUUCAAACGACAUCCAGCGUCUCUUUCUCCAGGGAGUAUUUUCACGCAGCAUCCUUUCCUUCAAACACGCCCAGGUUCUCUGGGAAAAAUGUAUUGAUGCUGUCAAAGCUGCAAACCCGACCGUGGAUAUCCGCUUCUCUGAUAAAAGAGAAGACUGGGAUCGCUUCGUGAUCAAUAUCAAUAAUUCUCUCAAUUGCCUGGACCUUGAAUUUAGGCAUCUGACAGAUGAGCAGACUGGCCGGGAGAUGUAUGCUAUGGUAAAUAGCAAAGAUGAUGAAAUCGCACAGAUGGCUACAGACUACGCACCCAUCGAGAUCACCUACUUCAAGGCAGUCGUAGAGCAAAUCAUGCUCGCCCCGCAUGAGGCGUACUCUGUAUCCUCAUUAGUUGCCCUACGCGAAGUCAACUCUCUCAAGACAAACAUGACGAAAGCACAAGCUGAAGUUGUGCUCGGCAGUUUUGUUGCCAGCGGAUGGUUAUUGAAGAGCAGACGAGGCCGCUAUUCACUCUCAACGCGCACGUUGCUAGAGCUUCUUCCAUACCUCAAAAGUACAUAUCCUGAAGAAUGUCUUGAAUGCGUCAUCUGCUACGAAAUCGUUACCCGUGGCGUCGCCUGCAGCACGCCGAAUUGUAAGGCACGUUUGCAUUACCACUGUUGCAGGAAGUACCGCAGUCGGAAUGCCAGAUGCCCAGCUUGUGCGCAAGAUUGGCCACAGGACCCCAAGAACAUGACCCCUGUCGGCGAGGAAGCCAUCAAGGACGGUCAAGACGAGGGACGCCGUACACGGAGAAAAGAUAGUGAUGAGGAAGACGAUGAUGAAGAGCUGGAAUUAGAGCCUUCGCAGCGAUCGCAGACUCAGACUCAGACUCAGACUCAGCGAAAAGGCAAGGGCAAGGGCAAAAAGAAAAAGGCAACUACAGAUAUGGAUGUGGAUGAGGAUGAGGAUGAGGACGAGGAUGAAGACGAAGACGACGAAGCCCCACAGCAGACACAAGAAAAUGGGCGCCGCCGCUCGACGCGCACUCGGUGAAUUCACGAGUAUCAUCUAUCGUGCUCUACACCAGCCUAGCCUACUAGACAGUAUUGUAUUGCAGUGUGCUAUUGCUCUAUUGAUGGGUUGCUCGGAUGCGGUGCACGGUUGUUCGUCACUCGCCCGUCUUCUUGUGUUGGCGCGGUCUUGUUGAUGAAGCCGAACCUACCCUUCCCCCAUACCUGGUGUCGCUUCUUGUCUUUUCGCCCCUCCCCGAACUCCUCGUUCCACUUGCGGAGGUCUGCUAAGCUACCGAGAGACUCGGAUGAGGA